UGGCUGAGGAAUCAUCUGCUACUGGACGUUUAGAAGAGACAAGCGGUGUGAGGAAAGAACAAUGUCAGGACCCAGGCCCCUGGUGCUGAGCGGCCCCUCCGGAGCAGGGAAGAGCACUCUAAUGAAGAGGCUGAUGAAGGAUCACGAGGGCGUCUUCGGAUUCAGCGUGUCACACACAACGAGAAACCCUCGACCGGGAGAGGAAGAUGGAAAAGGCCUGAACAAGCUCCCCAUGCUUCUGGGGGCUACUUUACUGCCCGUAGCAGACGUCUUCUCCUCUGAAGACUUAGAAAAGUCAUCCUCAUUUUCGUGUCCAAACGAAUCAGAAACCACAGAUAAAGACUACCACUUCACGACGAAAGAGGCCAUGCAGGAGGCAAUCGACAACGGAGAGUUCAUCGAGAACGCUGAGUUUUCCGGCAACAUGUAUGGAACAAGUAAAGCUGCCAUAGAAGACGUGCUGGCCAAGAACCUAAUCUGCAUCCUAGAUGUGGACAUCCAGGGGGUGAAGAGGAUUAAAGAGACUGACCUAAACCCCAUCUACGUCUCCAUCCAGCCUCCCUCCAUGGAGAUCCUGGAGAAACGUCUGAGGGACAGACAGACAGAAACAGAGGAGAGUUUACAGAAACGCUUGGAGGCAGCACGCAUUGACAUGGAGCUCAGUAAAGAGCCUGGAGUGUUUGAUGUUGUUAUCAUCAAUGAUGACUUAGAGAGGGCUUACGAGGAGCUGAAAGACAUCCUAAAUGUUGAAAUCCAAAAAAUCCAGGAGGCCAAAUCAUAAGAAGCAAACAGUCUUUCUGCUGCACACACUACGAACACAACUCAAAAUAAACUUUCAUCUGGAGAGAAGUUUUGUUUUAGCCUCUACGUUAAAUGGUCGGAGGUUUGCUUUAAGGACAGUUUGAUGCUCGCUGAUGCUCAGAAGGAAAAG